AUGGGCUCAAGAAGAGCCGCAGGCGAUUUCGCUCCUUUCAAAAAGGACACUCAGCUUUGUGAUGAUUUGGAUGACUGCGAAAUCACAUCAGCUGGUGGGGUAAUCAAGCCGCUUCGUGCAACAAUACCCGGUCGGCCUUGCGCUUUCCUUAACGAUUUCGGCGGUGUCGAACGAUUCCUCUACCAGGAAUUUGUUGCACCUGACCUCGAAGAUAUUGCACCACACCUCUGGAUUCUAUCAACACAGUCAAGCUCGAAUAUAAACUCUCUACAUCGGCAAAAGAUUAAGGGUAGAGAGAUUGUCGUUACGGAAGACCCUCGCUUGCACCUGGUCUGGAUUCAUGAUCGGAUUUUCAUCAAGCCUCUCCCAAAAUACAUCCUGUCUCAUGCAUUUUGGAAAAUGUUUUUUUCAAAACAAUCCUUUCGUAUUAAAGAAAAUCGCGAAACAAUCCUCCAGGCUACUAAAGGGUAUCUACGGACAUACCGAUACCUGAUCUGCCACGAAUCUGACUUCCUUAUUGCUAAGCAAGACCAUUUAAGGCUCAUACCCCCGGAUGUCGAGUGGGAAGUCUUUUGCCGUUUUAUCGCCGAGAUUGAGAAAAUCAGAGAUGAAGACGUGUCCAAACGCUACCUAUAUGGUGAACUUCGACUUUCUCGACUUAAUCUAUACGCUCCGUUGUUACUACACAAAUUUUACUACGAGCAAGUCUAUGGGCAGUACGCAGAUUACUUCGCCAGGUUGUAUGGACCAAUAUUAUUCGUUUUCGCGAUUGCUACAACAAUACUCAACGGGAUGCAAGUCGAAUUGGCUGUCGAAGAAUCGUUGCCACAACACUGGAAUUCUUUCUGGCCUGUUUGUCGAGGGUUUAGCAUGCUCAGCCUAGUCGGAACAGCGCUCAUAGCUUUGGCCUUCGCGCUUCUUUGGCUAUGGAUGUUUAUUGACGAAUGGCUGUACGCGAUAAGACACCGGUGGAAAGGCAAUAAAAGCCACAACACGUUGGAUUGUUAA